CAAAAAAGGUGGUAAUUUGAAAAUUGUUCAAAUUUAAUGGGUGGUAAUUUAAAAUAAAUUUUUUAAUGGGUGGUAAUAUCAAAACAGAACCUCUUUAAGGUUAAACAAAAUUAAAACAAAAAGCAAGAGUAAGAUGAUCUUUUUACAGUUUAAAUUUUACUAAAAGAGGAAAGAAAAAAAAAUUUGUUGCAUGUAAUAGAGAGCACCCAUUUAUAACAAAUGUUGCUAAAUGUGGGCAAUAUUUGAAAAUUUGAGUUUCAAAUUCCAACCAAAUCUCCCAAACCAAACGCAGUAGUAGGCGUAGCAACACAAUGCCGACGCACGAAAUCCGGCGAGCAUACAAACGCCCAGCAAUCUCCGACCAACAAAAGAGAAGAGAACUCUCUCUCCUCCGCCAACAACAAAGCCGCGCUGACGCUCAAUCCCAUGCUCGUCGCCUUGCUUCCACCCUCUUCUCUUUCAAUGAACCAACCCCCUCUACUUCCUCCGCCGUCGACGACGACAACAACGCUUUCGAUAUCGAUAUCGAUACUGAACCCGAAGAACAGGAGGAUCAUCCGAAUGCUCCUCAGCUUGAAAAUAUAAAGGAUGUUCGCCAAGCUUCUAAGCUUCGUGGUCAAGAAUCUCGUCGUUGGUUUGCUCGUCAGUUGAUGCUUCCUGAGUGGAUGAUUGAUGUUCCUGAUCGCCUUUCUCAAGACUGGUUUGUAUUAGCUAGGCCAGCUGGGAAGCGAUGCUUUGUAGUUUCCACCAAUGGGACAACAAUUAGUAGACAACGUAAUGGCAUAGUGUUGCAUCAUUUCCCAUCUGCUCUACCUUGUGGAGCCAGAACAAAAGGGAAUUCUGGAUCUGGCCAGUCGUAUUGUAUACUUGAUUGCAUAUUCCAUGAGGUAGACCAGACUUACUAUGUGAUCGACAUGUUAUGCUGGGCAGGAUACUCUCUUUACGAUUGUAAUGCGGAGUUUAGGUUUUUUUGGUUGAAUUCCAAGCUUGCUGAAAGUGAUGCUUGUAGACCACCUUCACAAUAUCAUAGGUUUCGGUUUAGUCCAGUUCCUGUAUACAGCUGUGACCAGAGUGGACUGCUCUCAGCAUAUGCAGGACAAGUACCUUAUGUAAAAGAUGGUCUCUUAUUCUAUAACAAGCAUGCACACUAUCAACCAGGAAAUACACCGCUGACGCUAGUCUGGAAGGAUGAAAAAUGUAGCCAAUAUGUUAUUGAUACAGAUAAUAAAGGCGAAGUGCCAAGCAAACAACAGGUGGUCUUAGAGCUACAAAAUGAUGGAAAGGUGAUUACUUCGGAUGAUCCUCCUGUUGUAUUUGGUUGCCUAGACCAGGACUUUCAACAAAAGCUACAGUGGCAGUGAUAGUGGGUUAGAAAGUGGGGCACUGUGGGUGAGAGGGAUCAAGCCGAUCAACUGAAGGUCGUGGUGGGAUGCAGGAAAAAUGGGUUCUUAGCAUCAGGCAGUGAUGGCUUAUGGAGGAAUAAAUGUGGUGAGCUGUGAGAGCAAAGGUUAGAACUCAUUUAUUGAAGAUUGAAUUUUUUAUUUUAUUUUUUUUUUUUUUUUGGGUAAGGAAUUGGGGUGGUUGUGGGAAAGAAUUAAACACAAUCAGGUGGAACAGAGAAAGUAGAAAAGGAAUGAACAACUAAAUUGAACGAAAUGCCUGCAAAUUUAAACUAAGAGAUAUAUUUUUUUUCUUUACCAAAGCCUCCACCAAUUAAAACUCCUUUAAAACUUUCUUGAAUUUAUUUUUGGUUCUCUUACAAAACUCUCUUAAUUUUUCUUGGAUGCUCUUUCUUUUGCUCACUUUACUCACCUUUUUUCAAAGUUUCAAAUGAUAUUCUUGUUAUGUCACUUUCUUUAUAGUGUACGGUUCCUUGUGACAAUUCAUGUUAGCCGACCCCAAAUCAUUUUGUGAAUAAGGCUGUUGUUGUUUACCGAAGCCUCCGUCACCCAAUUCAGCAGCCUUAACGCCCCUAACUGCUGCCUACUAUGGUCCGAUGUUUGACAUUAUGAACAUUUGUUUUUCCGAAUAUGUGCCAGGCUUAUACAAAACAACUAUCUAGUUAUUACUUCUAUCACUGAUUGGUGUACUGAAUUUCUUAUUAGAUACUUAGUCAUGGUCUCAUGGAUCUUUGAAUGAAUUAAAAGGAAAAAAAAGAGAAAAAGAGAAAACAUGUCUCUAAUAAUUUGAAUUUAUUAAGACAUCAAGCAUAUUCCUGUGAGCUGUGACAUGAUUGCUAACACAUCAGGUAUUGUUGGCAAGGAAGGCGAACAUUCAUGGAUGCUUCUGAGAAUCUAAUAUUAUCUGUCAGAAACAAUUCUGUUCUAUUGGCUAGACAGAUUCAAAAUGAGUUUUUUUGUAGAUAAUUUUGUUUUGUGUGGCCAUUUAUAUGUUAAAUGAUGUAUCAUUUAUUUGUAUUCUUUUCUGUGCUACUGUAGUCAUUUGUUGCUGAUAAUGAUGUUGGAAGUAUUUUUUAAUUCAGUCAUUGA